AAAUUAUUCAUUACAAGUUAUUGAUAGAGAUUAACGCUAAACAUUGACCAAAUUGAAAAUGAGAACUUCAACUUCAGUUCAGUUUUGGCGCGUGUGGCCAUGUUGACGGAACAGCUGUGGUUGCGUGCGAUUUGUAAAUUCUAUAUUUUUUUACCGUGUCGUAUUGUUGACAUUCAACUAUGGAACUUUUACAAUGUAAACAAUAUUGCUAUUAACGUUCAGUGAAGUGCCGAUGAAUUAAUUCAGAUUCAGUGUUUGUUUUAAAGAAUGUGUUAAAAAUAACAAUGGCUUGUCGUCGGGAAAGUAAUGGAGACAUUGACAUUUUGACAUUGGAGGAACGGGAGUUUCAAAUGAAAUGGAGCAGGUUUUCCGACUGGCUGCACUGCAUUUGUGUGGUAACCUUCGACCUUGAGCUCGGGCAGGCAAUGGAGAGCGUUUACCCGCCUGGCGUGAAACUCACAGAUCAGGAGAAAUGCAACGUUUGUUACUUGGCGUUCCCAGACUCUAAUUCGGGGUGUAUGGGCGACACACAGUUUCAUGUGAGGCUACGGUCUCGCGCUCCACUUACCGCACAGCAAUCGAGUUAUAACGAGGACAGUGUGCCAACACUUCGCGCCGAUUCAACGCACUACUGGGGCUUCGUCUAUUUCCGUCAAGUCAAAGACCCGUCAUUACCGCGCGGAUACUUCCAGAAGAGCAUAAUUUUACUGACGCGCUUGCCGUUUAUCAACUUAUAUUACAAAGUCAUCCAACUGAUUGCACCUAAACACUUUGAAGACGGUGAGAGUAGUUUGGAAGCGGCAUGUCAUGAUAUAAAUAGGUGGCCCCCUAUCGAUGCAGGUCAGAAUAUGUUGUUGCCUGUUUUGGGAACAGUUUUUCAGUCAUACAUACCCAAUCAACAGACAGGGAAAGUUUCAAGGUCAGAUAUUAUUAAGCAAGUACAUUCCCCAAAUAUUCCUCAUGUAUUGGCUUCAAUACAGGAUGUCAAUGUAUUUGAUGCCCUAGCUGGUGUUAUAUCCCAUUUACAUCUAUUAUGGGAGCUUGUGUUGGCGGCUGAACCAAUAGUGGUUAUGGCAAGUUCACCUACAGAGUGUUCAGCUCUCGUGCAAGCUUUGACGAACCUCAUCCAACCUCUACCAUAUGCAGCAGAAUACAGACCUUACUUCACCAUACAUGACAGUGAAUUCAAAGAGUUCACCCGCAAGCAAUACAACCCACCUUGUGUAAUAUUGGGUGUGACAAAUCCAUUCUUUACAAAAACAUUACAACACUGGCCUCAUACUAUCAAGCUGGGUGAGUCAACAUCAAUCAAAACAAAAUUAAGGAAGGUCGGCAAUAUAAAGCACUUAGAUACAGCUCCCGGUGUUUACACACAGUACAAGCCAUUUUUGGAAAAAGAUAAGGCUAUAAUUAAGAAACUACACAACGGUAUGAGGACUGAGCGACCUUCUGAGGUACAGACUGCGAUGGUGAAACGACAUCUACUAGAAUUGACACAGAGUUUUAUGAUUCCUCUAGAGAGAUAUAUGGCAUCACUGAUGCCAUUGCAGAAGAAUAUAUCACCUUACCGAGCACCGCCUAUACCCAAUCCAUUUAAUCCUGAAGACUUUUUUGCCACACUGCAGCAAGCAGGACCUCAGUUGACAUCAGGGAUUAAAGGUGAUUGGAUAGGUCUAUAUAAAAAUUUCUUUAGAACACCCAAUUUUGCAGCUUGGUUUCAUGAACGACACAGUAAAUUGACAAACAAAUUGCACGCUUUACAGUUAGAAGCGUUAGCAGAGAGUGAUUUGAAGCAAUGGUCUAUAGGUAAGAAGGAGGUUGAAAUUGUUGAUAUGGUGUUAAAGCUUAGAGAGGUUCUGAAGAGUGACCCACCUGUUGCGGGUAACACUAGGACGUUAUUAGCACGAAGGUUAGAAGACUUGAACUGUGUAUUACCUGAUGAUAUGAAGUCAAUAUUAAAUGCGGCGACGUGACAUACAGACUGCUGCACCUCAGGGCUGAGAGGUUGCAGCAUUGACUGCAAAAUUCAGUUGAAAUUAAAACCUACUUAUAACAGGACUGUUGCUUGUAUGUAAAAUGGCCAAAUUAAUUAAUUAACAAUUUAUUUUCCUACACAUAUUGUUUAGUGAUAUACCACACAGGAUAUAAUGUACACUAUUUUUUAAACUUUAAAUUGCUUCAGGCAAUGUGUUAGCUAAUUAUAUUGCAACAUACAUAAGUGUCUAUUGUGUAAAUACAUAGCAACAUGUUAAUUACUUAAAUUUCGCCAUAAUAAUAUUAAAUGGAUACCUUAGAAAUGAUGUGUGUAUAUUGUUCAAUUAACUGAUGCUCAUAAAGAGGGUAGCUAAAAAAGGCUUCCUAAUUUAAUUAGGUAAUGUAAUUUGUAUAAAGUUAUAUGAAAAUAUUAGUGAAAUACACUUAAUUAUUAAAAGAAUUGUUUGACAGUAACUAUUAUAAAUAUUCUCAAUUUGUUUUAUUGUAGUCCAUAUUACUGCAUAAUCUAAACAACUUUUCCUUAAAAUCUGUUUUAGUUUAUCUUAAGUUAUAUGUGUUGCAAUCAUUUUUUGCUGUACCUGUCUCAGUUUUAAUUGCUUGAACUAUGGUAAUAUUUGAUUAUAGUUUGUAUAAUAUUAUUAUCUAUAAAUUACUUUAAAGUAAAACACCAAUGGGUAAUCAAAUCUAUUUGAGGUUUAUUUUAAAUAUAAUUAGUACUUAUGUACAAAUAAAAUUUUUGUGUUGAAUGUGAAUCUAUAAAAAGCAUAUUUUAUAGAUAUUCACAUGCAACACAAUAACAUUAAUAAAAAACAAUUUUUAUUGUAAUAUAAUAUUAUAUUUUGAUAGCAUAAGUUCUUUGCUUUGUGGAAUUCUAAUUUUGUUAGAUAACUUUGUACUAUGUAUGUCAAUAAUAAAAAGCAUUUAAGCAAUAUGCCCAAGUUAUAUGAAAACUGCAUUAAAUUCUGGUAUAUUGUUUCUACAAUAAUUAGCACAGAUACUCUGUUACCACUCUUGUUGAAUACUAUUGAUCAAUUUGAUUACAAGCAUAAUAUUUAGUAGCAGUUAGUGGCUACAAUACCUUACAUAUACAUAGACAUCCAUUAGUUAACUCCAUUUUAUACUAUGAUUCUCCAAAAUCAUGAGGCUUUUACAUUCCACAUUGUAAAGCAAGUGAAAAUUUUACAUUAAAAUGACUACUUAGAAUAGAACUUUUGGGUCUGAUCCUACUAAAUUGUAAUAUAGGUUAUAUUAUAGUAGUUAGCAAAGUUUUAUUUCACAUGUGUAACUUAAAGAUAAAAGGGAUAAUGAUAAGUUUAUCAUGGAUCUUUAGUGCAAUUGAUAAAAAAUUUUAAUAAAAAAAAUUCAACCGACUUCCAACUCAAAAAAUAACUUUAACUAAAAAGCAAAAAAUAACAUCCUACCUAUGUGCUACCUUCUGAUCAGUUUAAAGGCGGUGCCAAGCCAGUGAUGUUUUAAUUAAAUACGUUUAAACUACAAAAUUUAUGUGGUUAUUCCAGAAACAGCUUUAAUUAAAACACGACACUGGCUUGGCACCGCCUUCAAACUGAUCAGAAGGUAGCACAUAGGUAGGAUGUUAUUUUUUGCUUUUUAGUUAAAGUUAUUUUUUGAGUUGGAAGUCGGUUGAAUUUUUUUUAUUAAAAUUUUUAUUUUUUUAUUUUUAGUGUUAGCAUACCCACUGCGUGUAUACAGUCACAACCUAUCUAAGUGAAAAGUUCUUAUCAAUACAAAAUUAUCAAGUCCAAACACAAGGUAGCUACUGUGAGCCGUUGAGGAGUUCUCUUCACUGUGCUUCGUCUUCAUCACCAGACCCUUAAUACAGUUGCAAUCCAUCUAGGUGGAAAGUUCUCAUCAAUACAAAUUUAUCAAGUCCAAACACAAGGUAGCUACUGUGAACCGUCGAGGAGUUCUCUUCACUGUCCCUCGUCUUCAUCAUCAGACCCUUAAUACAGUCACAAUCCAUCUAGGUGGAAAGUUCUCAUCAAUACAAAUUUAUCAAGUCCAAAGACAAGGUAGCUACUGUGAACCGUCGAGGAGUUCUCUUCACUGUCCCUCGUCUUCAUCACCAGACCCUUAAUACAGUCACAACCCAUAUAGGUGGAAAGUACUCAUCAAUACAAAUUAAUCAAGCCCAAACAAAAGGUGACUGCUGUAAAUCCUUGACGAGUUCCAUCGUCUGUGUUUCGGCUCCAUCAUCAGACCAACUCCAAACCUUCAUAAAGUUGUAGUGGUUUAAAAUACCUUAUGGAAACACUAACAAACGUACUAGCUGUCUCUACAACUUUCGAAAGUUCCCCUCAAUUUCUCCAGGAUGCCAUCAUCAGAUCCUGACAUGAAAAAAAUGGGACCACCCUGGAAGUAAACCCUACAAAACAAAAAAAGAAUUUUCAAAAUCGGUCCACAAUUGACGGAAUUAUCGCUGGACAUACAUAAAAAAAAAAAAAAAAAAAAAAAAAAAAAAAAAAACAUACAUACAGCCGAACGUAGAACCUCCUCCUUUUUGGAAGUCGGUUAAAAACUAAUAUUCUUUCAAGAUGAUUUAAUGCCAUAUGAUCAAGUUAUAUAAAAAAUUCAAGAUAUGGCUAAUCUAUAAAAUAAAAUUGUUGCCAAAUUUAAGCCUUGAAAGUUUUGAAAAUUAUUUCAAGCGUGUAGUGUGCAUUUGGAUUUACAUUUAUUUUGUUUCAUUAGGGUGCCUUAAAGGACUUGCUCAAUUUUUCAUUUUUCUUAAAACUUUAAUCUCCACUUAAAAUAUACAUCUGAUUUAAACUCACAUACCCUCUACAGAGGGAGCUCCUGUAAUGUUUUGUUGUUUAAAAAAUAAAUUGUAAAUAAUAUGUAUUGAGAUGUGUAGGUAAAAUAAAAUAAACAAUUACUUUUCCAAA